CCACUACCACCGAACACCAGUGCUUCUAUCGUAUCGAACGGGUAUGAAGGGGGUAUAGGAAAAAGGCACGAGAUAACAAUCUAAUUAUCUCGAAAGACUCUAAUCAAUUGCAGUAUCUUGAACUUGAUCGUAAAAAAAUACUCCUACUGAUUUGUUGUUGUUUGCCGCAGCCCAAAAAUCUAAGUCGUAUUUUGAAUACAAAACAUAUUGGACUUUCUCUACUAACGAGUCCAUAAUUAGAUAGCCUUUAGUACGAGUUGAGCACGUUGACUAGACCAGACAUCAAAUUGUAAUGAGAAUUUUCGGCAUUGAAUAUGCCCCGUUGUUGGUUCCUUUGGAAAGACGAAAACAAACAUGGGCCGUGUUUGUUUGGAUUGGAUCCUUCUUCUUCAUGGGACCUAUUGGUGUUUUGGGUCUCUUAUACAUGUUCUUUUACACAAGUUUCUACUUUUUCCCCUUACUAUACAUUGCCUGGUAUGUAGCUGACUGGAAAACAGCUGAGACUGGAGGCAGGAGAUGGAAUUGGGUACGAAAAUGGUCACUGUGGAAAGAUUAUGCAUCCUAUUUUCCUGUUACGUUGGUGAAAGAAGCAGAGCUAGAUCCUCAGUUUAACUACUUUGUUGGUUCUCAUCCCCAUGGAAUUUUGUGUUCUGGAGCCUUUUGCAACUUUGCUACGGAAGGGACAAAUGUCUCACAAGUCUUCCCUGGGAUUACCUUUACACUUACCACUUUGAGCUGCCAAUUUGUGAUGCCCUUCUACAGGGAAUUUUUCAUGACUAGUGGAGCAGUCACUGCUUCCAAAAAUAGCAUUAAUUACAUCUUAGGAAGUAAUAGUGGAGGAAAUGCUGUAGUGCUGGUUGUUGGAGGGGCACCAGAAUCUCUAGACACUCAUCCCAAUCUUGAAAACAUCUCUCUGAUUCUGAAACCAAGGAAGGGUUUUAUUCGGCUGGCACUGAAACAUGGUGCUCACUUAGUUCCAUCAUUUUCUUUUGGGGAAAGUGAAGUCUACGAUCAAGUUGACAACCCUCGCGGAUCCAGACUAAGAAAUAUUCAAGAUUACCUUCAGAAGAUGAUUGGACUAGCACCUGUUAUAAUUAAGGGAAGAGGAAUAUUUCAGUAUUCCUUUGGAAUCAUUCCAUACCGCAGACCGAUCACAACUGUUGUGGGUAAACCCAUUCUAGUGGAGAGGACAGGUAAUCCUACGGAAGAGCAAGUCGAUGAGUUACACGCAAGAUAUAUGGAAGAACUAGUGGCUCUCUUUGAUCGACACAAAAAUAAAUACUACCCAUCCAAUAUCAAGUUGAAAAUUUUUUGAAGUUUCAAACCAGUCAAUAGUCUAUCUAAUGUUCCCCUUUAUUACUGUUACAAGUAUGGGGUAUGCCAUUUGUUUAUAAAAAGUUAAACAGUCAGUUAACUGAUGUGUGAUUUUCAAGUCAUCGUAACAAUACACAGUGCAGGGUAUAAAACUAA